UAAUCCUUGCUCUGGGAAAAUCAGGAAAUGGAAAAAGCUUUACAGCUGGUGUGUUCGGAGCGAUAAAUGCGAUUGCAAGUUCCUCGUCAAUAAGUGUUACUUCAAAGGUGGAAGUUCACGAAUCUGAUAACUAUGUCUACAUUGACAACCCAGGUUUUGAUGAUUCUGAUGAACAUAUAAUAGAUGAGGACACGGAAAAACAGAUACUUCAUACAAU